CCCCGCCCCUUCCCACGCGCCGGCCCCGUCGCCCCCGCGCGCGCACACUCGCGAGCCCAGGCGACAUGCAAAUGAGCCCGGCUCCAGUGCCCAGACCCAAGCCCCCCACUGCUCAAUGGACACCCCCAGCCCAGACCCGUUGCCUUCGCCUUUGCCCGGGGAGGAAGAGAAACCUCUGGCCUUACCUCCUCCUGUUCCCCGGGGCCGCCGAGGCCGGCGCCCUGGGGGGGCCACCUCCUCGAAUCGGACGCUCAAGGCCGCCCUCCCUCGCAAGCGGGGCCGCCCCCCCAAGUCAGGGCAGGAGCCCCCGCUGGCACAGGGGGUGACAGCCCCUGUGGGCAGCGGCGGUGGCAGCGACCUCCUGUUGAUCGAUGAUCAGGGUGUGCCCUAUACAGUCUCUGAGGGGUCAGCGGCUGGUUUGCCUGAGGGCUCUGGCCCCAAGAAGGCCCCGCACUUCUGCCCGGUGUGCCUGCGGGCCUUCCCCUACCUCUCCGACCUGGAACGCCACAGCAUCUCGCACUCAGAGCUGAAGCCGCACGAGUGCAAGGAUUGCGGCAAGACCUUCAAGCGGUCCAGCCACCUACGGCGGCACUGCAACAUCCAUGCCGGCCUGCGGCCCUUCCGCUGCCCACUCUGCCCUCGUCGCUUCCGCGAGGCGGGUGAGCUGGCCCACCACCACCGUGUCCACUCCGGGGAGCGCCCCUACCAGUGCCCUGUCUGCCGGCUGCGCUUCACGGAGGCCAACACGCUCCGGCGCCAUGCCAAACGCAAGCACCCCGAGGCCAUGGGGGCACCCCUGUGUUCCCCGGACCCAGGUCCCGAACCACCGUGGGACGACGAGGGCAUUCCGGCUACGGCAGGGGCUGAAGAGGGGGUGGAGGAGCCGGAGGGCAAAGAGCUGGCUUGACCCACACCCUGGGCCACCUGUCCCCAGGCCAGGUUUAGAGCUGGGAGUUCAGCUGGUGCUGAGCCUGGGCAGGAAAGCUGGGACGCCCUCAUACCUGGUGGUCUUCCCGUUGUGGGAGGGGGUUGAGGGUGAGGACCUAAACUCCUGGGUCCUGCUGCCUUCUGCCACCCUCCCCCGGACUGACAGGCCCCUGGAGGCAGGGGCCUUGGAAAUAAAUAUCUGCCUACUGGCUUCCUGUGUGUAUUCAGUGAUGGUACCAGGGCUGGCCCUCCCUUCAAAUGUGCUCUGGUCGCUAUGCCACCCUGAUAGGAGUGCAUCGAAUUUGGGAGAACCCCAUGUCAUGUGCCUUGUUAGCUUGCCACUAUGGGCUGGCUUGGAGGAAGGCUUUGCCCCCUCUCCCAGUUCCAGCAGACCCCAAAGUGCUCCCUGUAAGUAUCCACUCUAAGUAAAACAUUGAACCUCUGUGCAAAUGUGAUCU